UGCCUCCUCGACACCUCUACCAGCGACCGUACCCCAGACCUCCCCGCUAGACUCUUCUCCUGAACGUUCAAAGUUUCGCUGCCCCGAAUACCCUUUCAAACUUCUCGAACAUGGUUGUACGUAAUCCCCAUUGCUCACCUCGUGGGCUUGCGCGACAGGUACCAGAGUCGCAACGUGCAGAGCUCACAGUCCUCCAGCUCGGCAGGGUCGCUCACUACGCCUUCGACGCGGUAUUAAUAUCCGCCUUCCUCGCCGGCGUGCGACGCUCCACCGGCCUCACACCCAGUGUAAAAUCAGAGCAAUUCACAGAAGCACCGGGCCUCAAGAAAUGGAUCGAUAACUACCUCUGGGUCGGCGAGUGGACCAUGGACCAGAGCGUCGCCGUACUCUCCUCGUCAUCGUACUUCGAGCGGAAGCGAUGAAACGGACAAAGGGAAAGGCAAAGAGGUGGAACGCUUGGUGGCCAUAUAUGCUAUCGGGGCUCUGGAUGUACAGUAACGGCACGUCUGAAAUGUGGAGCGCGGGCCACAGCUCCAGCACAGCAGCCAGGCGUUAGGGGGCCGCAUGAACCGACUCCUAUGAAUUU